AUGGUUGCAUUUGCAUUUUCAUUGGUUAUAGUUCUGUUCUCAUGUCUGAUGAUCAGCAGCAGAGCCAUAACUGUUACACCUUCAGUGGCCUGCAAUACAGAGAAGUUUGGCAAAGAAGAUCCUUUCAGGGUAGAGCUUCAUCGUGUACUCGCUGAUCUUGUCCGUCUCACGCCAAUGUCUAACAGCUUAAAACACCACAGCUCAGGCUCAUAUUCGGUAUUCGGCUUCGCGCAAUGCUCGAAAUUAUAUAUUCGUGAUGUCUGCAAAUCUUGCCUUGAGGGUGCAGUGCAUAUUAUUCACACACACUGCGGUCGAACUAUUGGAGCACAAGUUGAGAUGGAUGAUGUGUGCUUCAUUCGAUAUGAAAAUCAUAAGUUUUGA